AUUUAGGGGGUUCAGCUGUCCACCAGGGAACGUCACACUGGUAGCGCUAACACGUGCUUUACACUUGGGACAGUGUAUAGCUUUGAGGUAGACAUCAAAAGGCUGUGAAUUUCAAUAGGAAGAAACAAAAAAAAGAAGAAAUUAUAAUGGAGAGAGUGUGAGGAGUGAGAGAGAGAAAGAGAGAGAGAGGCAGCGCUGCCUUAACUCCUAGUCAUUCCAGACCUCACUGCUUGGCUUGGCUGGAUCAUGCUCUAUGCCUUCUGACCUGGCCAGUCCAAUGGGGUUACAACAUGGGUGCCUAAGCAGGGUUAAGGAUCCUAAGAGCUUUCCAGAGGCAACAUCUUUGAAAUGAACGACUAAUGGAUCGCCAACCAACAAGAAUCACCCAAAUUCAAAAAAGGAAAUUAAGACGACAUUGGGCUUAAGCUGCUUGCCCCAAGAUUGUCAGUUAUGAGAGUGGCAGUGUUAUGGGCCCUCCUUCCCCUCCUCCUCGCUCCAUCUCAUGCCUGUCCCAAAGAAUGCACCUGCAACAGCAACACCAAAGUAGUGGACUGCCGUGGACGCGGCCUCUACGACAUUCCCAGGCGCCUGCACCCAGAUACACAAGAACUCUAUCUCCAGGACAACCGUAUCCGAGGACUGGGAUCCAUGGCUUUCCGUGACAUUCCACUCGUCAGAAUUCUGGAUCUGUCAAAUAAUUCCAUAUCAACAAUUUCCCCGACCGCUCUCCUGGGUCUGAGGACACUACAGCGGCUAAGUCUGUCCCAUAACAGCCUCCGAGAGCUGGAUAAGAGGCUAUUGGGCCCAGUGCGAUCUCUGUCACACCUGGAUCUAUCACACAACAGUUUGGGCAGUUUGCCCAGUGCCAUAGGGGAAGGCCUGAGGAAUGUCAGCCACCUGGGCCUGACUCAUAACCGCUUCAUCAGACUAGAGCGCUCCCUGCUGGAGAACCUGGAACACAUCAACAGUAUUACGCUCAGAGGAAACCCUUGGAGGUGUGACUGUCAGCUCAUAGGCCUCAAGCUCUGGCUUGAAACCUACCUCUUCAAAGGUGGCGCCAUAGAUGAGGUCCUUUGCACCCAACCUGAAGAGAUGAAGGACAAAGAUCUACAAAAGAUCCCAUAUCAGCUCUUCCACACUUGCAUGACCACAAGCUACCACUACCUAUUCGCUAACAUCCAACACCUGGAGUCAGACAGGGUGCUCCGAGGCCACACCCACGGCAACCAUCCCUCAGGCCACACCCACCACGCCACCAUGGGAGAUGGUGGAGGCGGCGGGGGAGGAGGAAACUUGCCUGAGUGCGAAGCCAAGCAAAAACAAAGACCGGUGAACUUGCGCCAUGCUAUAGCUACAGUGAUCAUAACUGGAGUGGUAUGUGGGAUUGUGUGUCUCAUGAUGCUAGCAGCCGCAGUAUAUGGCUGUGCCUACGCUGCUAUCAUGGCCAAAUAUCAGAGAGAGCUCAAGAAGAACGAGGAGUUGGCAGCAGCGCAGGGGGCGGAUCACGCAACAGCAGAUGAGAAAGAACCACUGGAAAAUGCAAUCGCUUAAGGCUGAAAAAUUAACACAGAAUUUACAAGUUUGAACCCUUUAAACAAAAAUAUAGAGGCCAUAAGUGUUUGGGAGGACAAUGAGAUGAGUGAGUGAAAUGUUUAUGUAUGUGCAUCAAAUCAUUUAGCAAAAACUUCCAAGUAGCAAAAAAUACCAAUAUCUGACUAUGCACUAAGGCUUGCAUCCACUGCCUGUCUCACCUCGAUCAGGUCACUCCAUCAAGUUUACAUUUUGUCAUAAACGCUGUUUCUAUGUCAGGUACACAAGGAUAUCAGGGCCAGCUAUUGCACAUGCAGUUGAAAGAUAUUUGGCAGUAUCAAAUCACUAAUAUUUCUCAAAGAGCAAACGCCAACACAACAUAAAUAGACUGUAAACACAAAACAAUCUUUAAAAUACACAGUUAAUAUGAAAUAAAAUGAAAUAGGAAAAAUAUCUGGUUAUAAACUGCAAUGCUCAGUGGUAACACAGUGAACCUAAAACAUAACUGGAAUGGUGUGAGGAAUAACCUUUAUGGGUGAGACAGUAGUCAAGCAAAGAAUUCCAUUAUUGUCUGAAAAAUACAUAUCAGAAAUGACAGAUUUAUAUAUUUAUAAGAUGUCUUUGUAGGUAUAUUAGUAAAGUCAGAAUUGUAUGUACUAGAUAGUUCUCAGAAAAAAAAUACAAAAGCAGUAGGCAGCUGUAUUGAAGUUGUGUCCUGUUGACUGGGAGUGUAUGUGUCUACAUUAACGUUGUACUAACCCAUGUUUGGAGUUUAUAAAGACUGUGCCUGUUAGUACACUACAUAUUUGCAAAUGAAGGAGAAUAUUUUUUGAUAAAGAGAAGCAAUAAUGCAACUAAAGUGAACGUAAGUAUACAUAGACCUGAUGUCUUCUGUAUUAACUUUUGAAUAAAAACACUUUAAUGCUACCUGCCAAUGCUACAGAACAACCACUCUAAAGAUGUGUUCAGGGAUUUGUAGUUUCAUUGAGAGCUGUAUUUUAUAAAAUAAACAAAUAUAUGGAUCCUUUUACAUGUUUGAACAAUGCGCAUAUCAUGUCAUCGUAUUAUUCAAAUGUCCUACUUUUCAAGUUAAACCGACCAGAGAGAUCUCAUGGCUCUUGUUUUUGGACAAUUUGUCUACAAGUGUGGCUUCCACUGUGACUUUUGUGUUUUGGAGGACUAUUGUGUUUUCUGUAUUUCAUAGAUAUUUCAGAACUGGGCACUGAUUUGGAAAACAUUGUGAAGCAUAUUCAUUAUUCAUUAUUUGAUGUAAAUAGAGAGAAGCACUAUUCAAAAGGAAUAUUUGAGCUCCUAUAGCUGAACACUACUGAACUGACUGACAUAACUGAAUUUAUUUUCUCUAAUGUUCUAAAUAUAUUCAUAUCUUUCAAAA